UUUUCAUGCAAGCAAGCAAGCAAGCAAGCAAACAGGUUUAAAAUUCACUGUAGCUAUUUAGACUGUGAGCAAUGGGUGAUAUAUAACGUUUAACCGAGGAAGAAAAUUGGUUUGCUACCAAACCUAGCUAGUUAUACAACAGUCACUUCAGAGCGUGCAGCGAACUGCAAACUUUCCUGAAGACGCAAAAGUUAGCUCGCUGGUUAUCCAGCACAAUUAAUGCUUUUGUAACAAAUUGAAAUAGAUCGUUUCCAAGCGGAAGUAGUCUAUCUACGUAACGCAAACGUAAGCUGUUUAUCUGGAGCCAGGUUUGGCGUCAGAUUCUGGAACCAGCGUUGGUUUUUCAAAAUGGCUGCAGCAUUACAAUGCUGGUCUGACAGUUUGAAAGAAGCAAAGAAAACUGCGCUGUUACAUGAAGGAAAGAGGAAAGUGCAUUACCUUUUUGCGGACGGGAAAGAAAUGGCAGAAGAGUAUGACAUGAAAACUGACGAGCUUAUUGUACGAAAAUGGCGAAAGAAGAGCACUUUGGGAGCACCAGGUCAAUGGGAGGUCGAAGUAGGUGACCCGUCUACGAUGCAAACUUCAGAACCACAUCUGAUCAAGGAGAGCAGUUCAAAUCCUGUAUUGAUACGUAAAGACACCAAGGCGAGCUUUCAGUGGAGGGUCCGCAACCUUCCCUACCCCAAAGAGGUCUACAGCGUUUCCGUCGAGCCAGGGGAACAGUGUUGCAUCAUCAGGACAACAAACAAAAAGUAUUAUAAGAAGUUCUCCAUCCCAGAUCUGGACAGGUGUCGGCUACCUCUGGACGGCUCCGCCCUCACCUUCAGCCACGCCAACAACACCUUGAUCGUCACUUACCAGAAGCCCAAGGAGCUUCUGACCCUGGAGCAGGACUUGCUGAGGGAGCUGAAAAGGAUCAAGAGCACCGGUGACGGGGACAUGGACUGCAAAACCCAGUGACCCGCCCGACACGCAGGGCCACGCCACGCGACUAUGUGACAUGAGGACGUGCAGUCUUUCACCAAAGCCGCGUUCCUGCAGGUUAUCUUCACCAUUGGCUCGCUGUUUAUUAUUUUUGUUCCCUUUUUGAAGGUACCAAGAAAGGAAAAAAAAAAAAAAGAUCUCUUUAAACAGGUUGACUUUUGGUUUGAAGUAUUUCAAAAUCUGGACGUGUGUGGAAUGGUGUGGAAUCAGAGUAAUUUAUUCUGCUGUAAAACCAAUUUCUAAACCGUUUUCUACUGUCUGUGGCUAGUCCCCAUUGCUUUUGUGUUGCCCGCAGUGCGCUCUUUGAUGGUUUUGGUCGAUGGAAUUGAAACGCUACCUGGCAAAAGGUUGUGUAAUCUUCAACGGGCUCCAGAAUCCAGGGGCCUUAACAUCUCUGAGAUAAGAAAUAGUGAAGGAGAGGAUUUUUCACAGGCCCUAGAUUAAACCACGUCAGAGUGUGUUUUGGCAUGCUGGCGGGGGGGUGGGGGGCGGGGAAAUGGCCGACUGAAAAGCGGGGUGGCAUUUCGCGAGCGGAAUUCCACCAGCGCCUCCCGCGAGCUCCCUCCGUCAGGUUUUCUCCGGGAGGGGAGGGGAGGGGAGGGGAGGGCUGGGUGGUUUGUCCGGCCACCCAGACUUUUGGGGGAACGGCCUCCCCCUCCAGGGGCUCCGACUUUAUUGUGCCCGCGCCUUUGGUCUUCAAAGGUCACCGUUAAGUGUUCUUCUAAAGAAUUCGAGUGCCUCGCCCCGCCAGGAUCCACUAACGCGAUGCCUUUCCCUCUGAGCCUGAGAGCCUCACCCCUAACAGUCUGCUCCCCCAGGGGAGUUCUCUUCACUGGAACGCGGGACAGGGGGACUGUUGGCUUUUCCAUGUUGUGAUCAUGUAUCCAAAUGUUAAUAUAGGCCUGCUGUAAUUUCUAUAUUUUGAUAUGAAUUUAAUAAUGACAAAGCGAUGUAACAAACAAA